AUGUAUGAGAAUUCACCACUGGGUGCCGAUAGGCCAUUCCCAGCACCUCUCCCGGCCUUGGAAAAUUACGUUGUAGACUUCGAUGGGCCUGAUGAUCCUCAGCACCCCCAGAACUGGAGACUCUCUCUGAAAUUGUUUAUUUCCAUUCUUGUCUGCUCAGGGACAUUUAUAGUCUCACUCACAAGUGCAGUCUUUGCGCCAGGCAUCGAUAAAGCAAGUCAAGCUUUCGGUGUCAGCUCUGUUGUUGGAACGCUGGGGACAACCCUCUACGUCCUAGGCUUUUCAUUUGGCCCCGUCAUCUGGGCCCCAGCAUCUGAGCUAAAAGGACGAAAAUGGCCAUUGACAGCUGCAAUGAUAGGAGGCGGCAUCUUUACCAUUGCAUCAGCGGUCGCAAAAGAUAUACAAACUUUAAUCAUCUGCCGAUUCUUCGCUGGCGUAUGUGGAGCAAGCCAGCUUACUGUCGUCCCUGGAGUACUGGCAGACUUGUACAACAACUCAACUCGCGGCGCAGCGAUCUCCUACUAUGCUUUAACAGUAUUUGUGGGCCCGUUCAUGGCUCCGUUCGUCGGUGGAUUCAUUGCGUCAAGUCAACUAGGUUGGCGAUGGACGCUUUACAUACCUGCCAUCAUGAGUCUGGCUAAUGGCGUGUUGAGUAUCUUCUUCUUGGAUGAGACAUUCCCUCCUUGUCUACUCGUGGCAAAAGCCGCACGUAUUCGCAAAGAGUCCGGUCAUUGGGGUAUACAUGCGAGACAAGAGAAGGUAGAGCUUGAUUUCUCAAGUCUUGUGGAGAAGUACUUCACACGUCCGUUGAAGCUGCUAUUCAUGGAGCCGAUCAUCCUUGUGGUCUCGCUAUACAUGUCCUUCAUUUAUGGACUUGUGUACGCGCUCCUUGAGGCAUAUCCGUACGUCUUCGAAAGCGUGUAUGGGAUGACCCCUGGUAUCGCUGGGCUUAUGUUUAUCGGGUUAAUUAUUGGCGUGGGACUUGCUUGCACAUUCAUCGUGUCGAGGCAAGUGCCUUACGCAAAGAGGCUUGCAGAAAACAAGGGUGUGCCAGUGCCAGAGUGGCGCCUCGGCCCGACACUCCUGGGGGCGCCUGUCUUUACCAUUGGCCUAUUCUGGUUCGGAUGGACCGGGUUUACCUCCAACAUACAUUGGGCUGCACCCGCCGCCGCCGGUAUUUUCAUAGGAUUUGGGGUUCUAUGCAUUUUCCUUCCAUGCUUCAACUACAUUGUCGACUCUUAUUUGCCGAUAAAUGGAUAUAGCGCUGCUUCAGCCGUUGCUGCCAAUAUCAUCCUCCGAUCAGGGGUGGCCGCAGGCUUUCCUUUAUUUUCGAGACAAAUGUUCCAAAAUAUGGGAAUCCAAUGGGCUGGCACUUUGCUAGGUUGUCUUGCUGCAAUCAUGAUUCCGAUUCCAAUUGUACUAAGGGCUUAUGGGCCGAUGUUGCGAGGAAAAAGUAAGAUGUUCCAAUAA